UUUACAAAUAGUAGAUAAGAAAAUACUUGCAGAUCAGAACUAUUAUAACUUAAAAUUUAAAAAAAAAAAAAAAUCUAAAAUUAUUAAGUUUAAAAAAUUUCGUGCAAUAUUAUAUUUUAUUCUGAUAAAACUAAUUGUCCAAGCUAAGCAGAGAAGCAAAGUGAUAAACAUAAAAGCUGUAAUUUUAAUAAACGAAUUUCAUUUUUUCCUUCAUACAAAUUUCAGUUUUCUAAAUUUUAAAUUCUAAAUUACGACAUUGAGUUUGACCUCUCAUACUUCCUUCCUAAGUAUCAGGAAAAGACCAGAGCUGUUAACAUCCUGUACUUGCAAGAAAUACGUUUCGUAAGUUUCAGAUUAAAUUUUGAGGAUAUAAUAACCAGUUUAUAACAAAAUAAAAAUUAACUUUCUUAUUUUAUAAAAAAAAAGAUGUGUAAAAAUUCGCUUGUACGAAACAAAAAAAUUGAAAUUAUAGGGGGAAAAAAAAUGUUAAACAGAGCUCCUAUAGAUUUUAAUUAACGAUGAAAAUAUAAAAUUGGCUGUAGAAUUUCAACGAAGAUUUAGUAUUCCUGGAAUACAUACAGUGAACUUCCCAUAUUCUAUUUUAACCAGAGAAAGAUAAAACGGUUCGAGCAGAAAUAGCUACAGUAAUCUUUCAUUCAUUGAGGUUUAUAAUAUUAGGCUAAAAGAAAGUAUAAAUACAUUUUUGUGUAAUUUGAUCUUUGAGAGACAGCAAAAAUAUAUAUGAAAAAGGAAAUAGCGCAAAUGACCAUCUAAAAAUGGAUUCUGGGAUUAAUUCGAACCGAAAGAUCGUCUGAGGAGUGAUAUUUAGAAUAUAGACAUCCAUCAAUAGAGUUGGAGAGAAUAAAGAGAGAGAGAGAGGAACAAGAGAGAGAGAAGGGGAGAGGCGGUAGAGAAAGAGAAGAUUCAGCAUCCUUGGUGUGGAGACAGGCGCCUGCCACUUCCAAAGCGUCCAGUUCGCCCGCGCCGAAGAUCGCGCUGAAAUGAACUGUGAUUGGCCCGCCUCGCCCAAAUAGCCAAUCAAGAGCAGCACUGUUCCCGGAGUGCUAAAGUCCACAGCGGCGCUGCGCCACUUUCACGCGCCGCUCGUGCCAAAGCCGCCGCGUCCGCGUACCAGCUCCCUUCGCUCCCGCGGUACCCAAGUGACGGAGCCCGCAGACGACGACAUCGACCCCCCCAUGCGAUUCGAAUCCGCUGACUUCGGACCGGGGAUGGCCUAUCAUCCGUUCUUGCUGCCCCCGGCCGCUGCGGCCCGCCAUCCUCAUCAGACGGACUUCAGCAUGAAUUCCAUUCUCACCCAACCACAUUACUUAUCAGCGGCCCUCCAGAGCUUUAAUCCGGCAUUGGCAGCAGCUGCAGCCGCGGCCUGCUAUCCGCCUCCGGCCGCGGCUCUUUUUCCAAAGCCACCCGUUCCCACAGGGCCCCACCAUCACAUAACGGCGGAAGACGUAUUAGCUGCUCAUGGGGCCCCCCACCUCAGGCCGCUCAGGACAUUAGAACCAGAAGACGAUGGGGUCCAAGAUGACCCAAAAGUGACAUUAGAAUCUAAAGACUUGUGGGAUAAGUUCCACGCCUUGGGAACAGAAAUGGUCAUCACCAAGUCAGGAAGACGCAUGUUCCCGGCGUUCAAGGUUCGCGUCAGUGGCUUGGACAAGAAGGCCAAGUACAUCCUCUUGAUGGACAUCGUGGCUGCAGACGACUGCCGUUACAAAUUCCACAACAGUCGGUGGGUGGUGGCCGGAAAAGCCGAUCCCGAGAUGCCCAAGAGAAUGUACAUCCAUCCCGACUCCCCAUCCACGGGAGAGCAGUGGAUGCAGAAAGUGGUCUCUUUCCAUAAACUCAAACUUACCAAUAACAUCUCCGACAAACAUGGAUUUAUAACGCAGACAAUUCUGAACUCGAUGCACAAGUACCAGCCAAGGUUCCAUCUGGUGAGGGCGAACGACAUUUUGAAGCUUCCAUACUCGACCUUCAGGACAUACGUUUUCAAGGAGACAGAAUUCAUCGCAGUCACAGCAUACCAGAACGAGAAGAUUACACAGUUGAAGAUUGAUCACAAUCCUUUCGCCAAAGGGUUCAGAGACACAGGAGCUGGAAAAAGAGAAAAAAAUAACGUGCCCGUCCCGUUCUCCAGGCGACAGGCCAUGCUCCUCAACCAGCAACAGAACCAGUCCCCGCACCAUUCUCAGACAGGGGCGCAACACCAACACCUCCCUUCAUCUGCUUCGUCGACGGGGGCGCACCACGGAGACGCCGGGGAUGAUUCCAGCGACGAAGACGAGAAAGUAGACGUCGGUGGAACGGCUGACCUACAAGCCUCCGUUGCUUCCCUUUCUUGUGGAAAAGAUGAACCACUUUCCAGAGAUGAAAGGAGAGAAAACGGUUGUGGCAGAGAUGAUAGUGGAGAUGAUAGCAUAGAUAAACCUCUGUCGUCCCUUCAUCCGGUGGAGCACAACGGAUCUUCACGAGAUUAUAAAAAUGAAUGUCUUGAUGGUGUCUCGGGUCUACCCAAGAGUGGACAACCCAACGUAACAGUAGGUCCUGCUAUGCCUCAUCCCCACAUCUUACCGUACCUGUAUCCUCCAGCUUUGUACUCCACGAGCAUGGGACAUUUACCACUCUCCCAACUUUUCCUACCCGGAGUCACGUGCGCAUCUGGCCCUAGCCAUCCACUACCUCUCUCACUAUUUACUUCCAGUGGCCAUCCAUCUCCGGCUGCCUUUUCUGCCUCCCAUCUGGCGCAAAGUUCCCUCAGUUCCUCAUCGCAAGCCAGUGGAUCACUGCCUAACAUGGGCCACAGUUUGCUGUUGAAUGCUCAACUGGCCUUCGCCGCUGGUCACUCUAUGUUCCACGGCUACCCUCCACCUCACGGAUUAGACGUACCAAUGACCACUGGUGCAGGUAAUGGUGGGCUGCUUGCAACAGCGGGUAGUAAAGUCAAGCCACACCGAUUUUCACCUUAUCCAUUACCGUUGACCACAAUGACGAAUACUACGACAGCAACGCCUCUGACAGUUCCUGCUGAAGUAGUCAGAUCUCCACUAUCGUCAUCUCCUUAUGAUGGCGCAUCGUCCGUCGUGGCUAGCCAUCCUCCUCACCUCAAUCACAAUUCUUUAAACAAACUCGGUGCUGUGUCACCCCCAGGAUCGGAGUGUGGUAGCUCCGACGGCUCGGUGGGUCCUUCAUCUGUGUCUUCAUCUAGUGACUUGAAAAACAUUGAGAACAUGGUAAACGGUCUCGAACGGCAGCAGGAACAGCUUGCAGCCGAGACAUUGACCAGGUUAACAGAGAAAUAAGAUUCCUUACACUAGAUCAGGGAUACUGAAGUCAAAAAUGUCUUCUGAGGCACUCCUUUUUAGUCAACCUCAACGAAGUCAGACCGUCUGAAAGGCCAGUCGAAUAUAUAGGUGAAGAUGUGCCCAAUCUUACGCACUCAAGAUGUUCUCAGCUUGAAACGUUUGCGUUGCGUAUAGCCAGUGAUAUAUAUAACAAUGUACAGUUUACAUGGAAUACUUUUUUCUUUGCCUGUUUGUACAGCGAUAGUUUUUUUCUUUGCUUCCAAACCAAAGACGACUACAGUGUUGUAGAACUCAAUCCAUACCAGAAUGUUGGUUGAGCUGUAUCCAAAACCGGAGGAAUUGUACAAGUGGGGACAAGGUUUUCGACAGACUUUGUAGUAAACUGCAGUUUAUAUUUACAUUUGACAAAAUAUGUAAUGUAAAAAGCCAUGCUUGCAGCAAUGAGUCUCUUCAAAUUUAUUGUAGCUAUUCUUCAACAAAAAUAGAUAAUCUUUGAGGGUUAAUUUUAGUUGACUUAAAUAUUUAUCAAGGACUGAAAGUCAAUAAUUUUGAAUUUUGUUGAAACAAAAAUGUCGGUGAUAUUCACUUUGUUGUAAUAAGCAUGGUUUUCCCCCACUGAAUAGAAUCUGCCAAGGGUCUUAACAUCAAGAAUUUUUCAAGCCAUUAAUGAAGACUCCAGUGUUUGCUUGGCAUAACAAAGAGUACCAUCUUGUAUAUCUUUUUUAAUGUGGAUUUGAAAAAAUAGACCAGAAAGUAGUUCUGUUCCUUCUCCUUUAAGCAAUCUCAAUGGUUUUGUUCAAGAUAUUCGUGUAUCUAAUGUAAAAAGAAAAAAAAGUUUCUCUCCUGUAGAAUUAUUGUACUGUGUGAAACCAGUUUUUAAUUUUGAAGUGAUUUUUGUAUUAAUUAUAAUGUCAUAUUCUAAGGUUGACAUCCAAACUGUUAGAUAGAAUGCAAGAAAUUUGUAAUAUUUAUAUUGCAGGAAAAUAAACUUAAUCAACUAUGUGUUAAUAUUUUAACGAUAAUCAUUUUAUUAACAGCUUUAAAAGUGAUUAUAAUUGAAUUUCUUUUUUCGCCAGCAGAAAAAAUUACAGUGUAAGAAAUUCGCAAGUAAAUGAAAUAUAAUUACUUUAAAUUAAGUAAAAGCACCUUUGGAACUAAUUUAGUCUCCCGUUAUAACUAAUUAGACGAACAAAGAUAAAAUUCCUUCCUUGAAUUACUGAGCAAUUUUUUUUUCUAUACUUGUACUUGCUGUUAGAAUUUUAUGUAUGUAAUUUAUAUUAUAAUCUAAAAUUUUACUUCAUUUAUAGGUAACUCAAAUUUAAAAAGAUAUAUUUAAAUAUAUUUUUUUUUCCAUUAAAAAUAUCGGGAGUUUAAUUUUUCUUACGAAUCGCGUAAAUGUAUAAUUUUAUGUUUAAAACUGUAUAGAUUUUAAAUGCAGUGUGAUUUAAGUUUAUAUUCUGUUUAUCAUUUAUUGCAAAAAUUAAGUGUUUGAUUAAUCUUUACACCCUUUUUAUUUCUUAUUUGUUUUCACUUUAGUUAACUUAAAUCCUUUUCACAGCAAAUCUCCAAAAGUUUAAAGAAGUACAAAUGUGCUGUAAAUGAAAAAGCUAAUUUAAUAGUCCUCUAUUUUUUUAUUACUACUGAAUAUUCUCUGUAUCUGUGAGGUUUGUUUGUUUCUUAUUAUUGUUAACAUUCUCUAAAACCAAUUGUUUUUUUAUGUUCAUUUUCUAAUAACUGUAAUUUUAACUCAUUGUAUUUUUCAAAGCAGUAUUAAACAUACCAGUGUUUCAAAUAUGUAUAUUUUUCCUUGACUAUUUAUUAAAUGACUAAACCUUCCUUGACUAAAUUUACUAAUAUUAAUUCCUUGACUAAAAUUAAUUAGCAUUGAAAUCUAUGGAUUAAUUCAGGCGCAGAUGUUAAAAAAAAACAUUUCUUCCUUUUCGCAUGACAGCUUUAAAUCAAUUUCGCAUUAUUUUGGGAUGAAUGUAAUUUGCAACAAUAAAUUUGAACCGAUAAAAACAUUAAAAGAAUGUAGAGGAUGUAGAGUCACCUGCAAAUGUUAAAUUUAUCUGUAAAAUUAAAACGUUUUAAUGAAUAAAGUUUUCACAUUAAGUUUA